CUUUGUCUCCUUGCUUCGGGUUCGCUGUCAAUCGUUGCCCCCCUGCCUCUCUUUUAACCCCCCCAAUGACCCCGGCAUGUUCGUGCGGUUGAUUAAUUGAUUCAUUUGAUUGCCCCUGAUCUAUGACUGCGCCACACUUUCUACCCAAACACUAGGGAGCUAUUUGAACUAUCGCCAGUCCAGCACAUUCCUUGUCCCUGCAAAAGCUUGGCUUCCGGUUUUUUAUUUUAUUUUAUUUUAUUUUUUCCCUCUUUUUCCUGUCUCUACCGAAUUCCAUCCCCACUUUUUAUCAAGCCUGGGCUUGGAAGAUGCUGUUGCAUCGAAAUGUCCGGCGAUCUUUUCCAUUGAUCUCUCGGCCUCAUCUGGCCCUGCGGAGGCCGCGGACAUCACAUCCGGCAGUCCCCUAUCACUCCGGUCGCCAAUUCUCCCAGGGUCCGAUUCUGUACAAUCCCAAUCCGGAUCCUCUCGACCAAGAUGCGAGAGACGAUGAUCGGGAUCGGGGCCGAGCCAAUGACUCGGACCCUACCUUCAGAUCGACCAUCCUGAGAAUGCUGGAGACUGCAGCGACAACCUUCGCCUCCAUCGCUGUCCUAGGCUUGGCUGGGUACUCCUAUCAUCAGUACUACAAGUAUGUGAUCCUGCAGAAGAUGGAAAAUGCCUUUACACCGGGCGACCCUGCCCUCGAGGUCGCCGGGGUGGAAGCUGGAAAGCACCAGUACCAAACGGAGGAGCACUGGGUGGUCCGCGAUGAGCAGCCUAGGAUCGACAGAAUCAUCAAGGGCGAGGGCCGCGGCCGCUAUUACCUUAUCAUCGGAGAGAAAGGGACCGGUAAAACGUCUAUGCUGCUCGAAGCGAUGCGCAAAAUCGAAGGCGAUGGUUGCUCCAUGUUUGAGGCCCAUGGCGAUCUGGAAAUCUUCCGUAUUAGAUUGGGGAAAGCGUUGGACUUCGAGUUUCAUGAAGAUUAUAUUGGGAGCCUCUUCAGCAUCAAGGGCCCUCGGGAUACCACCGCCCUCCUGGAUAUCGAGCGUGCCUUCAACAAACUGGAGAAAGUUGCCCUAAAGAGAAGGCGCAAAGGCUUGCCACCAUUGGUCAUGAUUAUCAACAGCACACAUUUGGUAAAGGAUGACAAUGAUGGCCAGAAUCUCCUCGAAAUGAUCCAGCAACGUGCCGAGCAGUGGGCGGCCAGUAACCUAGUGACCACAGUGCUCAACAGCGAUGACUACUGGGUCUAUGAGCGAUUGAAACGAUAUGCAGCGAGAAUGGAGGUCAUCCCGGUUUCGGACUUACCCAAGCAACGAGCAAUCAGCGCUCUGAAGGGUUACCGCAAGCGCUACUUCAAGGAAGAACUGUCUUACGAGACUCUCGAGAAGGUAUACGACAAAGUUGGUGGACGGUUAUCCUACCUGAAUAGAGUUGCGAAGGCCCAAGACUUUAUGAGUCUUUGUGAGUCCAUCUGCCAGGCCGAGAAGAGCUGGUUCCUCAACAAAUGCUGGAUCCUGGGACCUGAAAUGGAUGACGACGUUAUGGACGAGCAGAAAUUCUCGUCUGCCGCCAUGGUUCUUGCCAAGGCACUUGUUGACAAGGAGGAGGCCAUGGAGAAGAAUUACGACCCUCACGUUGGCCAUAUUCUACCCGAGAUCCCGCUCCAUGAGGCCCGGGAGAUUAUGACCAGAGCCGAUUUCAUCCAAAGCUAUGACCAUGAAAACAUCUUUACCAUUGACUCACGGGCCAUGGUCCGCGCCGAUUCGGUCCCCAUGCAGAUUGCCUUCCGGGAGAUUUGCAAGCAACCCAACUUCGAGAAGCACCUCGAGGGCACUCUGGAGCGGAUCGGAGAUAUCGAGAGUCUUGGCCGUACGCGGGAGUUGACCAUUAAAGAUCUCUGGGAUCAGGGCAAAUAUCAACUUCGCCUGCGGGAUUACAAGGGACGCGACAACGGCUCGGCUGAGUUUUCAGUUGUGGAGCGCCCGGAAGACGAUGACGAUCAGGACGAUUGAAGGAUAUAUUUAUGGUAAUGUUUACUGACCGUGGGAUUUUGGCUUUGUAUAUUACUGUAGCACAUACAUUGAUAGAAAUGUACAUUCGGAGUCUACUCGAG